CGGAGCGCCCAGGGCGCUCGCUCGCUCGCUCGCGACGGCAGGGUGGGUGGGGAAGGAGAGAAAGAAAAAGAGAGUAAAAGGAAGGAAGGGAGAAAAGAAGAAAGAAAGCACUGCCAACUGAAAGUGACGCUGCCUCGGCGAAGGAGCCGGACUAUAUAUUUAUUUUUGUGUUGGGGAAGGACGUCGGGGUUGUUGUUUCCUAGUCGCCUCCUCGUUUCUGUCAUUGACGAUGUCCGAGCCAGAGGAAGGGAGUGAGUUUGGCUACAUAGUGGAUCUGCUAGAAAAAGGCAAGGUUACCAUUAAGAAUAUUGAACGAGAGCUCAUCUGCCCAGCAUGCAAGGAGUUAUUUACCCAUCCACUUAUACUCCCUUGUCAACAUAGUAUCUGCCACAAGUGCGUAAAAGAAAUUCUCUACUUUACGCUUGAAGAUUCGUUCAAUGAUGCUGCCUCAGAGUCCUCCAAUCAAAGUAGCCCUCGCAACCGAAUGCAUUCCCCUAGCUUGGAUAGAAUUGACAGGGUUAAUAGAUCAGGUUGGAAACGCAAUUCCUUGACUCCUAAGACAACUACUUUCCCUUGUCCUGGAUGCCGGCAUGACAUAGACCUGGGAGAGCGUGGCAUCAAUGGCCUAUUUCGCAACUUCACUUUGGAAACUAUUGUAGAACGAUAUAGGCAGGCAGCAAGGGCAGCUACAGCCAUUAUGUGUGAUCUCUGUAAACCUCCACCGCAAGAAUCCACAAAGAGCUGCAUGGAUUGUAGUGCAAGUUAUUGCAACGAAUGCUUCAAAAUACAUCAUCCCUGGGGAACUGUAAAAGCGCAACAUGAAUAUGUGGGACCAACUACGAACUUCAGGCCUAAAAUUUUAAUGUGUCCGGAACAUGAAAUGGAAAGAGUAAACAUGUAUUGUGAAAUAUGCAGAAGGCCUGUUUGUCAUCUUUGCAAAUUAGGUGGCUCACAUGCAAACCAUAGAGUGACUACCAUGAGCAGUGCCUACAAAACACUCAAGGAGAAACUUUCAAAAAACAUAAACUACCUCAUUAGUAAGGAGAGCCAGGUGAAAAGCCAGAUUACAGAACUUGGUCUUUUAAUGAAAGAGGCAGAGCAUAAUGGUGAAAGAGCUAAGGAAGAAGCAUCUCACAGCUUUGAUAAGUUGUUCGAUGUUUUGGAAGAGAGGCGAGCAACUGCACUCAGGGCUAUUGAAGCCUCCAAAAACCUAAGACUGGAGAAAUUGCAUUCUCAGAUAGAAGAAUAUCAGGGACUUCUAGAAAAUAAUGGCCUUGUAGGGUAUGCCCAAGAAGUUCUUAAAGAAACAGACCAGUCUUGUUUUGUUCAAACAGCGAAACAGCUUCAUGACAGAAUUCAAAAAGCAACUGAAUCUUUGAAGAGCUUCAGACCUGCAGCUCAAGCUUCUUUUGAAGAUUUUGUUCUUGACAUAGCAAAGCCACAGGAGGCUCUUGAGGACAUGUCUUUCCUUUCGAGUGGUGUUGAUAUACCAGAAAUCAAUGAGGAACAAAGCAAAAUGUAUAACAAAGCUUUGAUCUGUUGGGAUCAUCCACAGAAAGCAGGUUCAGCUGAUACUUACAUCCUUGAAUACCGUAAACUGAACAGAGAAGAUGCCAACCCAGCAUGGCAAGAGACUGAGGUCUUCGGCAAGAGUGAGAUCAUCUCUGAUCUUGACACUAACAGCAGCUAUGCCUUCAGAGUCAGAGGAUACAAAGGAUCUAUCUGUAGUCCUUGGAGCAGGGAGGUUACCUUGCACACACCACCAGCUCCAGUUUUUAGUUUCCUUUUCGAUGACAAGUGUGGCUACAAUAGCGAACGCCUCAUGCUGAAUGCGAGGAGAAAUGCUGUGGAAAGCAGGGCUGGAUUUCCUUUGCUUCUGGGAGCUGAACGUAUCCAAGCUGGUUGCUACACUACAUUAGACUAUGUUGUUGGAGACACCGGUAUUGUGAAAGGGAAGCAUUUCUGGGCUCUCCGCGUGGAGCCCUACUCAUAUUUGGUGAAAGUAGGAGUUGCAUCUGAUGCUAAGAUCCAAGAAUGGUUCCAAAAUUCUCGUGAUCUAACAAGCCCAAGAUUACAGUUGCGUGUCACUGUCGGGGAGAGAAAAAUCUUACAACAUGAAGAAAAGGGCCAGAAAGAGGAGGAGGGGGGAAGAAUGGAAAAAAGAUAUGAACAAGACAGCGGUCAUGACAGUGGGAGUGAAGACAUCUUUGUUGAGUCCUUGCAGCCUUUCACACUGGUAACCUUAGGCAUGAAGAAAUUCUUUAUUCCUAAGGUUUCUCCUGCUCCAGCUGCUUGCAAAGAUUCUAUGAACAGAAUUCUUCCCAUGCCAUCAUGCAUUGGAAUCUGCCUUGACUAUGACAAAGGCAAAGUUGGAUUCUAUGACGCAGACAGGAUGAAAUGUCUUUAUGAGCGUCAGGUAGACUGCUCUGGUAAAAUGUAUCCAGCUUUUGCAUUGAUGGGGAGCGCAGGAAUUCAUCUGGAAGAAACGAUUGCAGCAAAAUAUUUGAAAUACGAAGAUGAAGACAUGUAAUGCCCAAGGAUCCAUCUUUAGCAUUAUGUCUUAAUUACAUCAUAUCUCCUAAGUGCUUUUGCUGCAACCCUGCUUUUGAGUCAGUCUGUUUUCAUUUCGUUUUUUCAGUGUCACAGAAUUUUUUCCAUCUCUACCAGAUUUCUUUUGUCUAGAAAGAGCUUUCUGGAGUCACCCCUUGGCCUGCCUUUGGAGCCUUCAGAAAUCAAAUGGAUUAGCAGUCUCAUUGCCUUUCAUAAGCUGGAAGUCUGGUGGCUAUCUGGUUUUGAUUUUUUUACUUAGCUGAUGCUUGCUGGCAUUCACAUUCAAUUUUAAAAUGGAAAUGGGCCCUGUGUAACAGUGCAUUUCUUAUGGUUAUGCAUUAUGUAUGCUCCUUGCUUGAAAAGGAGUUUAUUUCACUACAUUGUGAGUGGUUAGAUUUCCUGGUUACUAUAUUUGCAUGUAGGCAGAGUACAUUGUGAAUCCACACUGCAAUAGAACACAUAAUAGAUAGAUGUGAAUCACAAUGAUUGUAUCCAAGAUGAAUUUAUUGUGACUUACGCAAUUGACUUUUACAAACCUGUCUGUCUAUCAGUGAUUAAUAGCAAGGUUCUUGUGUGUGUUUUCAGUAUUGUUGGUUAUUUCCUAUAUACUGUAUUUCAGUAUAUUUAAAUAUAAGUGCAAUUUCUCUUGAAACAUCAGACCUUGCUGUUGAAAACUGCAUAUAGAGAGAGAUUUAAAAAUGCAGGCCCAAAUGGUAAUAUUAUAGAUUUAUUUUUUAAAAAGAAAAAGUGAACUUCUUCUUUUUGCAUAGUUUAUACUGUAACUUCAUUUAAAAAAGGAUUUUAGUGUGUUUAGAAUAAAGUGUACUGACCAUUAAGUUUGGAGCACUUUUGCCUUAGGGUGUCCUUAUCAAUUAGACGUGUUAGCUAGAAAGUAAUCCAUACAAAACUGACUGAAGCUCCAUAUAGUCUGUUUAGCUUGUGGCGAAUGUCGCUCUUAAGCAGAGGUUGGUGAAGCACUGCACUUCUGAUCAUCGUUUUCUUUUGGUGGAAUUAAAUUUGAGUAAUAUGUUUUGCUAAAUACUGUUCAAAAAUACCGCAACAGGUUUCCCAAGGUUUGGCAGCUGCUGAUCAUUCGGGAUCAUAAAACUGUAGCCCAAAGCGUUACUUUUAGCUUGUGUUUAUUUAUGAGAUGCUGACUAAGCCAUAACUUAUUUAUUGUACAGUGAAGUGAUAUUCUGCUUUUUAAAAAGAAAAACCACCCCUCCCCAAUCAUAAUUUAAUCAACAAGUGGAUUUGGACAUUUCUGCUACUUUUAUGCACUGUACUGCUUCAAUUAGUACUGAGAAUUAGUGGAAUGUUUGGGACCUAUUUAAUAUAAAUGUGGUGCUUACACUUCAGUUGAAGGGACCAGGGACAAAGAUACUUACCUGUCUAUGCAGAGCUCCGUGCUUUAAACUAAAAUUGAAAAGUUUUAAACCAUCCAGGAAGGUUGUGUCAUGGUUUCAUUUGGGGGGGGAGGGCGGGGGGACCCCAUCCAGUUUCUACUGAAAAGAAAGAGCACUUUACAUUCAGACUAAGUGAAACCUUGUGUGGAUCAUUCACAUAUAGCUGCUAUAACUAACAAACCUGUUAGGGACUACUGUGUGAUCUGCAAAGCUCUAUACAAGUACAUCAUGUAGACAAUUUUCGGAAAAUAAUAUUUGAAGCUUUAAUGCAAACCGUAAGGCCUUGUUUGAAAAUAUUGUGAAGUGGAAAUGUAACUUUCUCAAGAUUUUUUAAAAAAUAAAGUAUGUCAAAUAAAAAUGUCCUUAUUAAACUCUCUUUGUUAUUACUAAGAUAAUGGCAACUCCCUAAUACUUGCUGCAGCCUCUAGAGUCUAGAUAGACCAUCUACAAGGGCAAUCUGAUGCAGAAUCCGUUACAGUAGUCCAGGUGGGAUGACCCGAGAGCAUGGGCAAAUAAUGUGGGUUAAACCACAGAGCCCUAGAGCUUGCCGAUCAGAAGGUCGGUGGUUCAAAUCCCCACGACGGGGUGAGCUCCCGUUGCUUGGUCCCAGCUCCUGCCAAACUAGCACUUCGAAAGGACAUCAAAGUGCAAGUAGAUAAAUAGGUACCGCUACAGCGGAAAGGUAAAUGGUGUUUCCGUGUGCUGCUCUGGUUCACCAGAAGCAGCUUUGUCAUGCUGGCCACAUGACCUGGAAGCUGUACGCCAGCUCCCUCGGCCAGUAACGCGAGAUGAGCACCGCAACCCCAGAGUCGGUCACGAACUGGACCUAAUGGUCAGGGGUCCCUUUACCUUUUUGCUGCACGGCUGUAGCUGAAAAACCAGCCUAAGCUGGGCAUAAAUACUUUUAGCCACUUGAGAUUUCAGUGCCAGUUGGAAUCCGGUACUCCUAGAUGCACCCCUUUCAUUCAGGUGGAAUGCAACUUUCCCCCCAAAUAUUAUUAGGAUCCCCAAUUCCUGGACAUGAGAAUUAGCUAUUCAUAGCAUACCAGUCUUGUGUGUCAGGGUGGAAGCAUCUUCCUUCCUCAUUGUUGGCCUGCCAGCCCCAAACCUACUGAUUGGACCCAUAAAAGAGAUGUUCUUUGCAAGUUUGGGCUUGACUUGAUCUGGAGACUAUUUCUAGAUCCUUGGCCCUGCAAUAAGGCCUUCUCUGUGCACACUGCCAACUCCAAACAGUACAUCAAGCCAGUCCAAGUAUUUAUGAAAGGAUUUGUUUGUUUAGCUAGCCCGUUUGGUUAGAUAUGUCCUGUCCCAGAGCUCUCAACCCCUUCCCUUCUCCAUUUGCUCAGAUAACCCCCCCUGGCUUGUCUUAAAGAUUCUGAUAUGCAGUUUUAUUUUCCAUUGCUCUUGAUGCAUGAAUGCUUUUGUUUGCUAGUCCCGGUUCUGACACUAUCUUAGAUGAUGAUUACACAUUUUCUGGUAAUGAUUUAAAAGGGCUAAAUUUUGAGAAGUAGAUUUUUUUAUAUAUAUAAAAAAUAUACUUUUAUUUGUUCAACAUAAAAAUUCCACAAAGAUGAACAAUUAACAGUGGGGACAUACAGAGUUGGGGAAAGCUAAUAGUGCUGUCCUGUCAAGUGAUUUGAGUACAGUAUCAGAUGAAGAAACCCCAUUCUCAAACUGAUUGUUUCUUGAAGCUUUUCAUAGAUAAGCUAGUAUUGUCAUUAAAGCUUUCCCCUAUAUUUUUCUUAACUAACUUGUUACGAUUGAAGGGUUUUUCCUUUUCCAUAUUUGAGCAAUGCAGAGUU